AAAAACAUAUAACGUUUGUUUUUCUUUGACGGCACCACACAACUCAUCCUGCUCUGACUGCCUACUAGCUCAAGCGUCUAUACAGAGAAAAAAACAUGUCUGAAGGACCGAAAAAAACUAAGUAUACUGCCACAAGGCGGCUGCUCUUAAAAAGCAAAUUAUUGAAGAAGGCCACGUCUAUGCUGGCAGCUGAAAAAGAGCAGAAUAAAAUAGAGAGGGAUGAGGCUCUUAAUGAGAGGGUUCCCCCUCUCAAACUAUCUGGUCUGUCUGCACAGGAGCUCCAGGAACUUUGCAAAGAGCUUCACCGCAAGAUUGAUGUUGUUGAUGAGGCUCGAUACGAUCUUGAAAUGAAAGUGGCUAAAAAUGAAAAAGAGAUCCAGUCCUUGACCCAGAAGAUUUGGGAAAUGAAGGGUACAAAGCAACGCACCAAACUGAAGAGAGUUAAGAAGUCACACGAUGCCAAGCUCGAUGCGCUGACUGAAUCCAAAAUGUCAUCAAAGUCAGAUUUCAAAGCCAACCUGAAGACAGUAAAGAAAGAAGAUGAGAAGAAAGAAGAGGUGACUGACUGGCGUAAGAAUGUGGAGGCUAUGUCUGGAAUGGAGGGCAGGAAGAAGCUGUUUGAUGCUGGACAAUAAAAAUGUUACAAAGUAAACUUGUGACUUGACAUCCAGCACAUUUACCUACCAAGCUUGUAAAAUUCAGGGUUGACGUUGUUUUUUACUUCUCAGACUCUAUAACAAGAAAUGUGUACCCAGACGAGAAGGCUUCUAACAUAAAUGGUUGGAAGCAAGAAAAUCCAAACUGUAUAAAUUUGAUUUCUUGUGACUAAUAAUGUCACUUAAACACACAAAAACUGUUUAUGAUGUGCAUAUAGGUUUAAGUGUUUUUGUAGGUGACCUUAGCACUUAGUUUGUCCUUUGCUGCAAUUUGUGGACAGAUUAUGUAUCAAUGCGUCUGAAGCCAAAUUUGAUAUUUUGUGUAUGAAAUGUUAAAUAUUCAUAAUAAUAUGCAUGAGAUUUAUAAUCAGACUGGAAAUGAAUCGAAUGCAAUGUUGUGAAAUAGUGCUGUUUAGGAAUAAAAGAUGUCAGCUAUUGUAACACUUUCUAUGCUACUGAAAGUAAAAACUGCAAUGUAAUGGCAUUCCAAAAUUAAAUGACCCCAUGCACAAAGAAACACGUUGUGUCACUGCAGUUCCCUUGCAAAACAAACGCUGUCCUUGAAAUGCAUUGCUACACUUGGUUGUGUACCUUGCGAGUGCAUAACUGGUCUUAAGUUGCCACAUGCUUUGUGUAUAUUUACUCAAAUUCAAUGCAGCGAUGGUAUCAUUUAUUUGCAUUUCAAACUAUUUGGAAAUCCAUUGGAAACCUACUGGAAAUGUAAACAAGACUGUAUAAGUAUAAAACAUGAAGAGACAACAUAUACACUAAUUCAUAUCUUCAUAUCA